UUCCGGAUACUGACGGAAGGCAAUUGGAGACGCGUAUACUUCCGUAAACUAAAGGAGCCAGUCUUCAAUGGCUGAAGCAGCACACUUUCUACUUUAUAUGAUCUUCAACCAGGUUUUCCGUGUGGAUUUAAGUUCACUCAGUUGUCUCAGUGAUGGAUCGCAACAGGUCACUUGACAGAGCUGGCAGAGAGAAAAGACACGAGAAGAAGAAGAAACGGAGACGGUCCUCCUCUUCUUCAUCAUCAUCAUCGACCUCGUCUUCCAGCAGCAGGAGUCGAAGCAAGUCGUCAAAAAAAUCAUCUCACAAAAGUCAAGAUGUAAAAACACAAAGAAAGAAGCGCAGAAGAAGCUCUUCUUCUUCUUCAUCAUCCACCUCUUCUUCCUCAUCGUCUUCAUCCUCGUCGAGUGAUGAAAAGACAAAGAAGAAGAAAAGUAAAGCUAGGAAGAAGAAGUCGAAGAAGAAGAAGGCGAAGCUGAAGAAACAGAAGAAAAUGGAGAAAAAGAAGAAAGAGAAGCCGAAGAAGAAGGAGAAGAAGAAAGCAGAGGUGGUGGUGUUGCCCACUCCUCCAGCAGAGAAGCCUCCAUCCUACCUGGAGGUGUGGCAGAGCGAAGAGGGCACAGUGGAGCUCGGGCCUGUCAUGACAGAUGAGCAGAAGGCCCGACUCUCCACUAAAAGGCCCCUCACCAAAGAGGAGUAUGAGGCGAGACAGAGUGUGAUCCGCAGGGUGGUAGACCCAGAAACCGGACGGACCAGAUUGGUGAGAGGAGAAGGAGAGAUCAUAGAGGAGAUAGUCAGCCGAGAGAAACACAAAGACAUCAACAAGCAAGCCACCAAGGGAGACGGGAAUGCCUUCCAGAGGAAACUGGGAAUCAACAAGUAGAAGAUGCCAUGAUCUUCUUCAGGACAGCGACCUCAAGGAGCUGAAUUUUAUAUCAUAAUUUCAAACGGUUGCCUCUGAUUUCACUGUACAGUAGUGGAGGUACAAAUUAUAGGGGUCAUGUAUAGUAAUGAGUUUAAUCCAGGUAAAAGCCAGUAUCUCCUACUGAUUUGCCUUUUUAAAUCUAUGUGGGAGUUAGUGAGAGAUUUUAAUGUUUUUAUCCUACUGAGAUCUGCAAAAGGAACUCUACGCAAGGAAGAGGUCCCACAUAGUUUGCACAUUUGAUGAUUAAUGCUAAUUUAUUUCAUCCAUGUUUGAAAGCAUUUCAGUGAGUACAUUUAAGGUUCAAUCCUAAAUGGACUGCAAGUACGGUUGUUUUCUGUACCUGUCAGUCAGAUGAUGUGUGACUGCAACAGACCAUUCAAAUGUUUUCUUAAUUGGAAAUUAACCAUUUCAUGUUGUACUUUAAAUCAAAGACAUUACGAAUCUUGUUUAGGUGUUCAGUAUCUUGUCUGACUGACUCUUUUGGCUACAUACCCUACACCCACUUGUAAAGGUCUGCUCAUCUUUACAUCUCACAUUUUGGUUCUCAGAACAAAACUGCAUUUGUGUGAACUGAUUCCAAAAAAAUAAAAAAUUUUUAUUACCUGUAAUGAA